CAUAUUGCCUUUUGUUCCCCUCCAUCUCUCGCCGAUCGAAUUGUUGCAAUCCUCUAGCCCGCUGUAAUUCAUCGCCUGCCCGUGUCGACAUUCUACUUUGGAGCCUAGCUUGACUUGAGGAAGCAGGGGCCGUAGCGUCUCUACAGGCGCAUCGGGGAUUCCUAUCGAUGUAACGAGGCUCCACUGGAGAAUGCUUCAAGACCGUGAGAUAGUAAUCGUGCAUUUCCAUGGAGUCGCUUAGUCGAUAAUUUAGAUUCCGGAGGAUAUGGCAGCAUCGAUCCGGGCGUCUUCUGGGGACUCCCGGGGCCCGCAACACUCACCCCGACCCAAGGGACGCGAUGCUAAGGAUACCUUAUGCCGCAAUGUGACCAUUUAUGGGCAUUGCCGAUAUGAAGAUAAAGGCUGCGCUUUUAACCAUGACCCUGCGAAACUUCAAGGAAUGCCGUCCCAAGUUGAUAGUUUGAAAAGGAGAUUGAAUGUAGAAUCGCCAACUUUCACGCCCUCUUCACUCGCCAACAAUGGCGGAUUUGCCAAAAGCACAACUAUUUCACCCAAGGCGGCAAGUGCUGCGCCAUUCACCCCGAAAGGAGCAGCUGCAAGCAUAAUUACGCCUACAAUCAAUCCAGAACCGGUUCCUGCUGCUCCAGAAUGGAGCGUACCCGAUAUUCCGGAGUUCGUCCCGCAAUCCUACGAUACCAUGCAAAUGGGCGAUGGAAAAGCGGUCGUUAACCCAUAUGAUCCUUUUGUUACUUCGACGACUCCUAUACCAGAGAUCGCCGCCGCUACGCCACAUCCUGCUCAGAUCAAUCCUUAUGCCCCAGAUGUCGCGAAUAUGGGAGGGACUGCUUUCUUUCAGGCCCCAGCUACCUUUACUCAACCGCUUCAAUAUCAUUUAUACGCUCCCCUAGGACCCCAUCGGGAAAAUCUUCUGGCGUAUCAGAGAACCGCACACGACUUUUUCAUAUCUGAUAACCUAAGGGAAGAACUGCAGCGAAAGUCUGAGGCAUCUCACCAAUUAUUACCCAACUCCACGCUGCCCCAGCUUGAGCACUUCCAUUCUCUUGUACCCUUAGACACAACUAAUCAGAAGAGUGCUACCAUUUUUGGAUAUCCCAGUUGGGUCUAUAAGGCAAAUUCCAGUAAAGACGGGAAUCUUUACGCGUUGAGGCGACUUGAAGGUUAUCGCCUGACGAACGAGAAGGCAAUUCGCUCCGUGCAAGCAUGGAAAAGGGUCAAUAAUGGAAAUGUAGUCACUUUGCAUGACGCUUUUACGACCCGCGUGUUUGGUGAUAGCUCAUUGGUUUUCGUGACGGAUUAUCAUCCACUGUCCAAAACCCUUGCCGAACACCAUUUUGGAUCUCCACAAAGAUUUCAGGGACGCGUUGCCGCAGCCCAUGUGCCAGAGCAGAUCUUAUGGAGCUACAUUGUCCAAAUCGCAAACGCAUUAAAGGCGAUACACGGGACAGGACUUGCGGCGAGACUACUAGACCCGAGCAAGAUUCUAUUAACAUCAAAGAAUAGGAUACGACUCAAUGCUUGCGGCGUGCUUGACGUUGUACAGUUCGGCUCUCAGGUGCCGAUACAAGAUCUUCAAAGAGAAGAUCUGGCCCAACUCGGCCGUCUUUUACUCUGCCUUGCCUCCAACAAUCCAGCUGCACUUCAUACUAUGCCGAAAGCGCUCGAAUACAUUUCUAGGUCAUACAGUCCGACGCUCAAGGACUGUGUCUUCUGGCUCCUCGACACUUCACCGAAUCAGCCUAAAGAUUUAGAUCGCCUUUUCAAUGGUCUAACGAGCAAAUUUGUGGCCGCUUAUGACAAUUCGCUUCAUUUCAGUGAUCAUCUGACCUCUGAACUCAACCGCGAGCUUGAAAACGCGCGCAUCUUGCGCCUGAUGAUGAAGUUGAAUUUUAUCAAUGAACGACCAGAAUUUGAACACGACCGACAAUGGUCAGAGACCGGCGAUCGGUAUUACCUUAAGCUUUUUCGAGACUAUGUCUUUCACCAGGUCGAUGCACAAGGAAAUCCAGCUGUCGACCUAGCGCAUGUUUUGGCAUGCUUGAACAAAUUAGACGCCGGCAUUGAUGAGAAGAUCAGCUUGAUAAGUCGUGAUGAGCAAAAUUGCUUCAUUGUCAGCUACAAGGAACUCAAGCGAGGCGUGGAAGCAGCUUUCCAAGAUCUACUAAAGGCGGGGAGAAGAGGCCCAUGAAGGGUUAAUGAAAGAAGGAUAAGGGGUCCCACAAUGGGAGGUUAAUGACUGGUUUGGGUUUGGAUUUAAUAUGCCGCACGCUACUAAUCUUGGUUGGAUUGCACGAAUACCCUUUGGAUGCCGGCAAAAUUCUGGCCAAGUUUCCUCGAAUCGUAUGCGGGUUCGCGAAGAGUAGCAGCUAUCUUGUCUGUUAUGGGGAAGGCAAGGUUCCAAUGCACACGCGGCAUAGAUCUUGCAUGAUAAGUAUUCCAUAGAAACGCGAGAUGAAAUGAAAAUGAUUAUUGUUCUUCAAGUCUGGCGUUUAAUUCCCUAGAAUGGACUAAAUCGCCACGCCGUUUUCUCCCAACCCCAUCUGUAUUCAAAAUAUGUCAUCUACAGUUUAAUUAGGUCCCCUUGUUGAUGUUGUCUCCUCACUGUUUCCGUGAAUCGGACCAAAUAGUAAUUUUUUUUUACAGUGCUGCAUG